CCCUCUCUCUCUCUCUCUAUCAUGUGGAGAAGGCUUUGUAUUUCCGCUGUCAACGCGCAGGCGCCGAGGAGGAUGCGAAGCUGACACAAGUCCUCAUGACGCGGUAGCAGCAGACAGCUGGAUAAGAGCGCAGUUUCUAGGUAAAAAUGGCAGUGGAGAAGCGCCUGGCAUUCUCUAUUGUGCAGUUCCUACGAGAUCAAACACAUUGUGGUGCUUUGAAUUCUGAUGAGCAGGAGAGCCUCGAAGUUGCGAUACAGUGUUUGGAGACUACCUUUAAGAUCAGCGCCAGUGACUGCCAUCUUGCUGUGCCACAGCCUCUGACAGAGAUAUUCCUCAAUUCCCUGCUCAAGAAUGACAACAUAACCAUACCAGAGACCUCCCCAUCUCCAGAAGACAUUGAACGAGCAGAGCAACUUAAGAAUGAAGGGAACAAUCACAUGAAGGAAGAGAACUACAGAUGUGCAGUGGAGUGCUACACAAAGGCCAUUGAUCUGGACCUAAGAAACGCUGUGUACUACUGCAAUAGGGCUGCUGCUCACAGCAAACUGGGAAAUUAUACAGAGGCAACUGGUGACUGCGAGAGAGCCAUUGGGAUUGAUCCUACCUACAGCAAAGCGUAUGGGAGGAUGGGUUUGGCUUUGACAGCCAUGAACAAGUAUCCAGAAGCAAUUUCCUUCUUCAAGAAAGCUUUGGUAUUAGACCCCGAGAAUGACACCUACAAAUGCAACCUGAAGAUUGCAGAGCAGAAGCAGAAAGAAGCAACCAGCCCAAUAGCUGCUGGAUUGGGAUUUGACAUGGCUAGUUUAAUCAACAACCCUGCCUUCAUCAGCAUGGCUGCAAGCGUGAUGCAGAAUCAACAAGUACAACAGCUUAUGUCAGGAAUGAUGUCUAAUGCAGUUGGGGGUCCUGCAGCAGGAGUGGGCGGACUGUCAGACAUUUCCAGCUUGAUUGAAGCGGGACAACAGUUUGCCCAGCAGAUCCAGCAGCAGAACCCAGAGUUGAUCGAGCAGUUAAGGAACCACAUCCGGAGCCGCUCCUUCAGCGGCAGCGCCGAGGAGCACUCAUGAUCUACUCGUAGUCUCACAUUUUUUUUCCAAGGAAGGGCAACCAUAUGGCGCGAUUACAAUCUCUACACCCAUUUCUUAAAGUCAAAUCCCAGGCAUAGCUGGAAUGAAGAGACAAGGGUGGGGUUGAAGGCACUUUCCUGUGACUAAAGGACCUGGAGCGGAAAGAUGAGGGCCUGGAGACUGGACCGUGAAAUGAAGCAUCCCACUCAUCUAGGGCAAAACAUAUUGUAAACACUUAACACAUAAAAAGAGCUUAUUCAGCCUACUGAGAGAACAUGAGUAAAUUGUUUCUUCAGAGCUUUUACAUUCUGCAGAGAUCGUGUUUUAUAUGUGCUGAAAAUACUGCCCUGUUCAUGUUAUGAGUUAAGGAUACUUCUGUCUAGUCGUGAUAAAUAGAGAGUUCGGGAGGAAUGUACUUUUACAGCAUUGCAGGGAACAUUUCAGCUUUUUCUCAUACACUAACCAUAGGACAUCAGGUUUACCUUGUUUAUACUGCAUUUUGUUUAAUAUUAUUUUUGUAGACAGAAAACGCUCUACUUGUUUAUUGGGUGAUAAAGACCAUUCAGCCCUUGAACACAUAGGACUCACAUCACUGCUCUUCAAGCACUUACUACAUAAUUUUAAAAUUAAGACUUUGAUUAACUAUUUAAUUGUAUAGCAGUGUUUGCAGCCUGCAUUGUUGUUAUUGCACUUUAGCAAAAAUAAAUGUCCCCCCUUUAAGUCUAUUUAAUUGUUCCUUAACUAGUAACAAAGUAUUCAGAUUGUUCAUUUUGCAUGCUCUUAAAUCUGGUAUUUGAGAUCAGAUGCUUUAUGGAAACAAAUGCUAGGGCAGCACAAUGUUUUGUCUAAAACAUGUGAAUAAAUGUCUUGAAACUA